CUGACUUCAAAUCAUGUGAGUUUUAUGGAGUAAUGAUUUUUUGAGAAGUAGGGAAUCGGACCGUGUUGCAAAUCAGAAAAAUAUUAUUCCUCAACGGCAAAUUAUUUAUCGAAAACUCUUUAGUUUCGAAACAGAUUUUAAGACUGGUAGUAAUGUCAGAAAUAACAAAGUCCUAAAAUCAAAUAUUCGCAGAUUUCUUCACUAGCCGCACUUGAUCUUUUAUAACUCGUAAGCCAAUCUGCCACAUUUUUCAUCGUUGAUAAUAAUUUCACCCAGUUCUUAACUCCCAUUCUUCCGAAAAUUUGACAAAUUUGAAAACCAAUUUUUUAAUCAAAAAAUCUCAUUCCAGAAUGCUGAACUUCCAAAAAUCUCUCCACGUAAUGUAUCCGUACUUCCACAAGCCAAACAAGCCAACGUCUGGACUCCACCCAAACCAGACAAUCAGGUUUUUGUUGGUCCCGCCUUCGAAUAUCGCAUUGAGCCAAGAACAGAACCAUUGGUAAGAUUUUUCUUAACCCCGCCCAUUUUUCUCCGAGUCAUAUAAAAAUUAGUUUUUUUUUCACAUCAAAUAUUAAUUUUAGCAUCCAAACACGAUGAAACCCCGUCCGAUUCCAAACAUAACCGUGUGUAACAUGUGUAAUGCAAAUUUCGAGACGCCAAUCGAUCUUCAAGUUCAUUUACACGUUGAUCAUAUUCGUAUGAUGGACGGCAACGAAUAUAAAUGCCCGCGACUUUUUUGCGAUAAAGUUUUUAUGGAUCGCGACAGUUUGCGACGUCAUAUGACGCUACAUUAUGUUAAUGAACAACAAAGAGGAUGUAAGUUCUACAAAUGAUGUUUUUGAAUAAAUAAUUUCUAUAUAUUUUUUCCAGAUUCUGAUUAUGAAGAUCCAAUUUUUUAUCGGCCAGUGGUUGCGAAAAGCUCAACAUCUGUCGAAACUGUGAGCCCGUUAUCAUCAACUGCGACAAGUAGCACGUGUCAAAGUCCUUUGAAUCCACCAGAACCGGUUAGAUCAAAUAUUGUUAGUGUAGAAAUUGCUGAGGUAAGAUAUUUUCAGCUAGACCUUCUUUUUAUUUUUCAAAAAAAAUACAAUUUUUCUAGCAAGUAGCUGAAGAUCAGCAACAACCGUCAUCAUCUUCGUCGUCAUGA